AGAGUCAAUUAACUGCUUUAGAGCAACAGCGACUUGCACGCAGCAUCAUGAUACCAGCCACCACAUUCCGUAGAACCAUCAGACUGGGAAAGUAUCUGCCAUCGUAUAUGGUCCGAUAUGACUCCAACACAUGCUCUGGCAAACAACUACCACCGCCGUGUCCAGAAUGCAAGCCACCACCACACCCGAAGUGCCGUGGUCGGGACCCAGUGGCCCAAGAAGGACUCAAGGUAGUAUGUUGUCCACCACCGACCGGCUCACGACCACCAUGUCCAGAACCACCGUCAGCAACUAUACGAUCCUGCAAUAAUGCUGCACAAUUUGCGAAAAAAAACACGCAGUCUACAACGUCGAAAAUUCCAUCUAGUAGUAUGCUUAAAAUGUGUGAUACACAUAAGGGCUGUGACACAACCAACGCUGGAUGCGGACAGAGUCGCGACCACGUGGGGCGUCGCUUAGCUGAAGCAGAGGAGAUACGACGCCGUGAUUAUGAACAAGAGGCCUCACAGAAACAAAGUCAGAAUAAAUCUUUAACAGAAAAAAGCGGGUACCGCCUCACUGGAGAGAGAGAAUGCGCACGUGCUACUGACGGUCGUGAUUAUGCCAUUCGAUGUCCCAAAGAACAAACAGCUUAUUGUGGCCCAAACCGUCAGCCCCCACCGCCCCGAUGCGUUGAACUCGUGCCGGACGACGCCUGCAGGAUCCGAAAUUCUGACCAUUUGAACCCUUGCGCACACCGACGGCCCACACUAGUAGAAAUCGACCGCAGUCACCAAUCUGCUUCUGAGGAAAAACCAAGAAAGCAUCCAUCUCCGGUUCGAGAAUUCACAGCACGAAUAUUAAAAAGUUUGAACCGCGACAAAGAUGCGCGGCGAGAUGACAACACAAAAAAGACUGAUUUAAAUUCUUGUAAGCCCCAAAAGAAAGAUCGAUGUGCAAUUGCUACGUCACGAGCCCCCCUGGCCCCGCGCUGCCGCAAACCAAAUAUAAUGGACAAAAUAAAAGAAAAAUCCCCCAGAGACUGUACAGACACCGAUCCAAAAAAAACGUCAUUUCCAUACAUCAUCAUUGCUUUCCUUAAUGAAGAAUGAAUCAAACAAUGGUAAAUUUCCCGACAAGUCACAGUUAAAUGAAGCAGGGCUAGGUCGGAUUGUAUCGCGAAUGGAUCAGAAGAGAAACGCACUCUCUACUCACAGUGCCGGCAGCAUAGAGUUGCAUGUCCCACCUGGAGCAGAAAGAGUCCGCGUCGACGUAACUAUUACUUCUUCCUCCAAUGACAUCACACUCCUCCCACCAUUAGACUCCUCCGACCAACCCUCUCGACGAACUAAUGAAAAGCACGUUAAGAAAGCUCCAAGCACGCGUCUAGAAAGGAGAGCACCGUUCCAGCAGCGCGAUCAUCCGCGGCCUCCGUCGCGCCGUCCAAAACACCUACUCGUAGGUCACCUGCGCCCGCCUCCUCGUCCUCCGACUCUGACUCGGAGAUGGAGGUCGACCUCGCUCCCGCCUCAUCGACGGAUGGAUUCACCCUGGUGCAAAAGGGUAAGAAGCGUGCCGCGGAGUCUCGAGCUCCCGCGGCCGCUAAAAUUAGCAAAGCCGCGAACGCGUCGCGCCCCCGCCCUCAGACUCCCGUUGCGCCUCCAGCCCGUGCCACUCCGUCGCCGCGUCCGGUGGCACAAAAUAAAGCCCAGACCCCUCCCCCGGUAAUCCUUCAAGAGAAGGCAGCUUGGGAACGAGUUUCCCUGGCCCUUAAGGCCAAAAAUAUCAAUUUUACGAAUGCCCGUAACCUCGCGAACGGCAUUCAAAUUAAGGUUCGAACAUCUGACGACCAUAGGGCCCUCUCUUCUUACCUCCGUAAGGAGCGUAUAAGUUUCCACACAUAUACGCUCCAGGAGGAGCGCGAACUCCGUGCCGUUAUACGUGGCAUCCCUAAAGAGUUGGAUGCCGAGCUCGUCAAGGCCGACCUUCUCGAACAAGGCCUACCGGUUAACUCCGUACACCGCAUGCACACAGGCCGCGGAAGGGAGCCAUAUAAUAUGGUUCUCGUCGCCCUCCAGCCUACCCCCGAGGGUAAGCAAAUAUUCAACAUCCGAACGGUCUGUAGCCUUUCCGGAAUCGCAGUCGAAACCCCACACAAGAAAGGCACACCUAGCCAGUGCCAUAACUGCCAAUUAUACGGGCAUUCUUCCCGUAACUGUCACGCGCGCCCCCGAUGCGUCAAGUGCUUAGGCGAUCACGCCACGGCCCUAUGCACUCGCGAUCAAAAAACCGCGACAGAACCGCCUAGCUGCGUCCUGUGUCGAACACAGGGUCACCCCGCAAAUUACCGCGGAUGCCCCCGAGCCCCGAAAAUAAAUCGCCGCGUCGCCCGCCAAAACCGCCUCCGAGCUUCCGGCCCAGACAUCAAAGCCUCGGCACCCUCUGUGUCGCAGGCUAAGCCAGCGUUCGUUCCGGCGCCGGUGCCCAGUGUCUCGGCCUGGGCGAAACCGCUGCCGUACAUGAACACGGCUACAACUCCCUCCGCCGCGAUUCGUCCCGCCCCCGCGACUCGUCCCUCUCCCGCGACUUGCCCUCCGACCGCGUCCGACAAUCUCGCUUUAGCGAUCGACUUCUUUCAGUCGAUCAACUUUGAGCGCGUUAACGCUUUGGGCGACGCCAUUCGCUCUGCCUCCACUGCACAACACUUUAUCGCCGUUGUGCAAGAAUACGCCGACGUAUACGCGUCAUUAAAUACGUACGUCCUCCCCUCACUCCGCCGGUAAUCAAUGGCGUAUAUAAGUAGAAUAAAGCCCCUAUCCGUAACGAUAGGAUUUUUUAACGCUUACGGUCUCGCAAAUCAGCGUGAUCAGGUUUCUGACUUUUUGCGUGACCAUCAAAUUGAUAUCUUUUUAGUGCAGGAGACCCUACUUAAGCCCGCGCGCCGUGACCCUAAAAUCGCGAACUAUAACAUGGUCAGGAACGACAGGCUCUCUGCUCGUGGUGGUGGUACCGUCAUUUACUAUAGAAGAGCCCUGCAUUGCGUCCCACUCGAUCCUCCCGCGCUCGCUAAUAUCGAAGCAUCAGUGUGCCGAAUCUCACUGACGGGACACGCGCCGAUCGUUAUCGCGUCCGUUUAUCUUCCACCGGAUAAGAUCGUUCUAAGCAGUGAUAUCGAGGCGCUGCUCGGCAUGGGGAGCUCUGUCAUUCUGGCGGGCGACCUAAAUUGUAAACACAUUAGGUGGAACUCACACACCACAACCCCGAAUGGCAGGCGGCUUGACGCGUUAGUCGAUAAUCUCGCCUUCGAUAUCGUCGCUCCGCUAAUCCCGACUCACUACCCGCUAAAUAUCGCGCAUCGCCCGGAUAUACUCGACAUAGCGUUAUUAAAAAACGUAACUCUGCGCUUACACUCGAUCGAAGUAGUUUCAGAGUUAGAUUCAGACCACCGUCCCGUCGUUAUGAAGCUCGGUCGCGCUCCCGAUUCCGUUCCCGUCACGAGGACUGUGGUGGAUUGGCACACGCUGGGCAUCAGCCUGGCUGAAUCUGAUCCACCAUCGCUACCGUUUAGCCCGGACUCUACCCCGUCUCCUCAGGAUACCGCUGAAGCCAUAGACAUCUUAACGUCACACAUCACCUCGACAUUAGAUAGGUCAUCGAAACAAGUUGUAGCGGAGGACUUCCUCCACCGCUUCAAAUUGUCCGACGAUAUUAGGGAACUCCUUAGAGCUAAGAACGCCUCGAUACGCGCCUACGACAGGUAUCCUACCGCGGAAAAUCGUAUUCGAAUGCGUGCCCUACAACGCGACGUAAAGUCUCGCAUCGCCGAAGUCCGAGAUGCCAGAUGGUCUGAUUUCUUAGAAGGACUCGCGCCCUCCCAAAGGUCUUACUACCGCUUAGCUCGUACUCUCAAAUCGGAUACGGUAGUAACUAUGCCGCCCCUCGUAGGCCCCUCAGGCCGACUCACGGCGUUCGAUGAUGACGAAAAAGCAGAGCUGCUGGCCGAUACAUUGCAAACCCAGUGCACGCCCAGCACUCAAUCCGUGGACCCUGUGCAUGUAGAAUUAGUAGACAGUGAGGUAGAACGCAGAGCCUCCUUGCCACCCUCUGAUGUGUUACCACCCGUCACCCCGAUGGAAGUUAAAGACUUGAUCAAAGACCUACGUCCUCGCAAGGCUCCCGGUUCCGAUGGUAUAUCCAACCGCGUUAUUAAACUUCUACCCGUCCAACUCAUCGUGAUGUUGGCAUCUAUUUUCAAUGCCGCUAUGGCGAACUCUAUCUUUCCCGCGGCGUGGAAAGAAGCGGACGUUAUCGGCAUACAUAAACCCGGUAAACCAAAAAAUCAUCCGACGAGCUACCGCCCGAUUAGCCUCCUCAUGUCUCUAGGCAAACUGUAUGAGCGUCUGCUCUACAAACGCCUCAGAGACUUCGUCUCAUCCAAGGGCAUUCUCAUCGAUGAACAAUUCGGAUUCCGUACAAAUCACUCAUGCGUUCAACAGGUGCACCGCCUCACGGAGCACAUUCUUGUGGGGCUUAAUCGACCAAAACCGUUAUACACCGGAGCUCUCUUCUUCGACGUCGCAAAAGCGUUCGACAAAGUCUGGCACAACGGUUUGAUUUUCAAACUAUUCAACAUGGGUGUGCCGGAUAGUCUCGUGCUCAUCAUACGGGACUUCUUGUCGAACCGCUCUUUUCGAUAUCGAGUCGAGGGAACCCGCUCCUCCCCACGACCUCUCACAGCUGGAGUCCCGCAAGGCUCUGUCCUCUCACCCCUCCUAUUUAGCUUAUUCGUUAACGAUAUUCCCCGGUCGCCGCCGACCCAUUUAGCUUUAUUCGCCGACGACACGACUGUUUACUAUUCCAGUAGAAACAAGUCCCUAAUCGCGAAGAAGCUUCAGAGCGCAGCCCUAGCCCUAGGACAGUGGUUCCGAAAAUGGCGCAUAGACAUCAACCCAGCGAAAAGUACUGCGGUGCUCUUUCAGAGGGGAAGCUCCACACGGAUUUCCUCCCGGUUUAGGAGGAGGAAUCUCACACCCCCGAUUACUCUCUUUAGUCAAUCCAUACCCUGGGCCAGGAAGGUCAAGUACCUGGGCGUUACCCUGGAUGCAUCGAUGACAUUCCGCCCGCAUAUAAAAUCAGUCCGUGACCGUGCCGCGUUUAUUCUCGGUAGACUCUACCCCAUGAUUUGUAAGCGGAGUAAAAUGUCCCUUCGGAACAAGGUGACACUUUACAAAACUUGCAUAAGGCCCGUCAUGACUUACGCGAGUGUGGUGUUCGCUCACGCGGCCCGCACGCACAUAGACACCCUUCAAUCUCUACAAUCCCGCUUUUGCAGGUUAGCCGUCGGAGCUCCGUGGUUCGUGAGGAACGUUGACCUACACGACGACCUGGGCCUCGAAUCUAUACAGAAAUACAUGAAGUCAGCGUCGGAACGGUACUUCGAUAAGGCUAUGCGUCAUGAUAAUCGCCUUAUCGUAGCCGCCGCUGACUACUCCCCGAAUCCUGAUCAUGCAGGAGCCAGUCACCGUCGACGCCCUAGACACGUCCUUACGGAUCCAUCAGAUCCAAUAACCUUCGCACUAGACGCCUUCAGCUGUAGGAGCAGGCUUAGGGACCUCGGUAACCGUACUCGUCGAACUCGACAAAGAGUUCGCCGUGCAACCUAACCCAUGAAUCAGCUCGCUGAGUUUCUCGCCGGAUCUUCUCAGCGGGUCGCGAUUCCGAUCCGGUAGUAGAUUCAUUCGCGAAGCAGCUGCUCUUGAGCUGUUAGGUCUCCUUCGGAGGCGCUCGGGUAGCUGUUAGCAAAUCCCACCCCUCCUGGCUGAGCCUUUGCUCGCCCACCUGUCCUGGUGAAACUGGAAAGGCCUCCGGGCCACCAGUAAUCCUUCAAUCAUAAAAAAAAAAAAAAAAAAAAAAAAAGAAAGGAGAGAUUCUUGGCUCUCCAUUAAACGCUUUCAAAAAACAUUAAACAGCCAUAAUGAAUCUUCAAAGUCUACCAAAGAAACUAAACCGGCUCCUCCCAAGAUAACGCCAUCGCCCUGUUCAUCUAUGCAGACUCUACAGAAAGCUAAUUCUUGCACUUCGUGUAAUGAGACUCCAACAACCAAAGGCCCACCAAGUAAGCGCCCCUUCAGUACAUUCACCGUAACCUCACUCCCAGUGCCCUGAUCAUAAUAUUGUAAUAAAAUAUUCGCUGCGUGUAAUCACUAUUGCUCUUAAGUUGUUAUGUGAAAAUAAAAUGGAAAUAUUGAAACAA